AUGGCUCUCGACGCUCAAGGUCUGUGUAUCGCUGCCUUCUCCUUCAUAGCCUUUGUGCUCUUGAUACCACCAUUUUUCUACCACCACAGGCAAAAGAAUAUCCCAGCAUGCAGCUUGAUUUUUUGGCUCUGCUAUGAGAAUCUCAUCGCUUUUGUCAAUGCAUUAAUCUGGAGUGGUGAUGAUUUUGAUGCGGUAACUACUGCGCCAGGCUACUGUGAUGUUACUGUCAGACUCACCAGUGGAGCUUCCUCGGGAAAGUUGUGUUGCAUUGCUACCGUCAUGUUCAACUUGUUCAUGAUCAUUCGUGCUGAAAACCACAAGUUUUUGAACCCCAAAUCGAAAAGACGCCCUUUGACCAAUAUUGCCAUGUGCUGGAUCACUCCAAUCUUCGUCAUGAGCACUUCGAUUAUCGUUCAAGCUACCCGUUAUGUCAUCUUCAGAUAUCGUGGCUGCCUUGCUGCUUACGCAUACUCAUAUUUGACACUCAUCUUGGUGCAGAUCUGGAAUCUCGUGUGGUCGGUGGUUGCUCUUGUGUUUGCCUUGUUGACCUUGAUCACAUACCUCAAGAAGCGCAGAGAUAUCAAAGACAUUUUGAGAUGCACAGGCUCCGGCCUCAACCAACGAAGAUUUGCACGUUUGGUGAUAUUCAGCUUGCUCAUCAUCUUUGUUUUAGUGCCCUUCGCCAUCUAUAACUUUGUCAAUGCUGCUGACACUUUCGGGGUCCUGACUUUCAACUUGAAGGACAUUCACAACGAGCACUGGGGCACGAUAUACGCCUUCGAUUAUGGAACGUCACAGCUUGCGUCGCCGAUUAUCAACAUUUGUCUUGCAUUCUGUACCUUCAUCCUUUUUGGCUUGGGAACAGAUGCACUCUCUAUGUACCGCCGCUUCCUUCGCUUCAUUGGAUUCAAAAAGAUUUCAAUGGGCAGCAACAGUGACGAUCCUGUUAUCUCCACAGAGUUCACAGAAAGCAAACACCUCACUAGGGACACUGUUCGGACCGAAGGAACGAUGGCCACCAUGCACGAAUUGACAGACUAUAAGGAACUCGUGUUUGGUGAAGCGGAAAGAUCCUUAGAUCUGCCUGACACCUUGAUAAAAGAAAGCGACAUAGAUCAGUGGAGAGACUGA